AACAAAAAAAUACUGAGAGUUGAUGAAUCCUUUUUAAAGGAAUCAUUUUACACACUUUUAAGAAUGCCUAAAUGUUUUUUACGUCGAGGCAAAUUUACUCUUGAAAUUGUUUUAAAAAAUACUGGCAAAUUACGUAAUUGCAACAUCAUUUACAUCCUACUCGUACUUGAUUGGCCAAUAUUAUGGUCGCUUGGCAACUAAGUCCCGUGAUUUGGGGACCGCGGGUAGUAUAUCAAAACAAUAACAAACCCGAAGGAAAAUUAGAACUCAGAUGCUGUCGAAAAACUUUUGCCUUCUGAUAAUCUAUAUCAAGAAAGAAAAAAGAUUCUUCAAAAGAUCUACACUCAAUGUAUUGUGAGUUGAGGCUAAAAACGCCAAGUUGGGAAGGCGAUAUUUUUGGAAGAUUAACCCCUCCACCAGAAUAUAUACUAGAAAUGGAACAGAGUAUCUUCAAUACAAUACAUGGCGCCGAGAGUGACUACAUUUGUGAUCAAAUUGCAAAAGAUAUUGACGAGGAAUAUUCCCUUUUGGAUUUGGACUUUGAAACGAUAUUUUCUAAUGAGUUUGACAACUACAGUUGUGGGCCAACGUUGGCCGAGUUGAACGAUUCAAGAUCGCGUUCUCCGCUGAUAAACCCCGAGAUGAAACGUCUCCAUCAAGCGGCAAUUUUAACAGGCGAUACAUACAAAUUUGAAAGUGAACUCAAAACCAAGGGCAGUUCUAUCCUCGAAAAACAACUUAAAACACAACAGAAAGCUAGUGUAUAUCAUCAACAACAAUAUCCUAACCAUUGCAGUGCAAAUACAGCUAUAUCAUCGACUGUCACUAGAUCUCCAAGUAUACCAAUUCCUAUGAAAGGCAUCAAACAUACACAUACUGGUUGUCUAUCUCCGACUUCUCCGUCAGAUAAAAAACCCUUGUUUCAAAACAGAAAGUUUUUUGACAGUUUUCACCAAUCAAAGAGCUUUCCACAGCGCAUUCCCCAAAGCGAAAAAAACACAGAGUUUUCGACAAGUCUAGGAAGAACUGCAACAGAAACAGUAGCGGAUUGCAAAAACCAAGCACAUCAAGAAACAUGUGAGACAUCUGGCUCACAUGAACAGGUAGCAAGGCAAGUUUUUUCUAAUGCAUACCAGAGCGAAAGUGAAGACGAUGAUGACAUUGACAGUGAAACUGAGGACAUUGAGGAGGAAUACUGUCCGUUUCAAAAGGAAGGUAAAAUUCCGGCGCGAAGAAAAGGGAGAAAAAGCGAAAGUGAGGAUAUGGUACCAAAUCCAUCAAAACUAUUACACAUUGGCAAGGAAUUGGACAGGUUAAAUAAAAUUAUAAGUUCUCUAAAACCUAUCAACGAAGUGCCGCAACAGUCUCGAGGACGUUCAAGACGAGAGAAGAACAAACUUGCUUCCAGGGCGUGCAGAUUGAAAAAGAAGCAACAACACGAAGCCAACAAAGUUAAACUCCAUGGCCUUCAGAGUGAACAAGAAAACCUGAUGUUCAUCAUUAACGACAUGAAAAACGCCAUAGUCACUCAAGCUCAAAGUCCAAGAAAAGUCGUGUCACCUUUAAAUGAAAAGUUUAAAACCAUGGCAAAGAAAGCUUUCACGCAACAGGUGGCUGGUCAUACGACCGAAUUUGUACGAGACGUUCUACAAGAGGUCGCCCGGGGCAACAAAACUGGAGGUUUGGUAUUACCGGAGGUCGAUGAUAAAUGAUAUAAAUAUAAUGGUGGGAUUUUGGGAGUGUGUAAUCUAUUUUUCGUGUUGCGUAAGUAAACUGUAUAAUUAAAUAUGUUAUGAAACUGGUAUUUCAAAUUUUGUACCUACUAGUACCUACUUAGAAAUUUCCAACGGAAAUUGAUUUAAUAGUUUGGUUAAGUUGGAUUACUUUGGUCAUAUAGACCAAUGGUGUUUAUAAAUAUUUAAGAAAAUGCUCCAUAUAUGUUAAAUUUUACAUACAGUAUAUUAGAAUUUCAGUAUAUAAUAUGUAUAGACACAGACAUACAUGUAAACAUAAAUUCCAAGCAUAGCUGCAGGGUUCAGUUAAAUGAAGUCUUCAUAAUCAUUUCAUGGAGGUAUACUGGUUAUAUCAACUCUCGAAUAAAAUAAUUGUGGUUUUGUUUAAA